CAAAAGUAUGUAGGUACCCACUCAUAAACUUUAUUAAACCAGAAAAAAUAAACCUUACAUCUUAUCUACGUCCAUAUUUUGAAAUAAACUAGAAAGGAUCAAAGAAACACUGAAAAAGAAAAUUAAACAUUGUAAUCAUAGUACAUAUCCUUAAGAUUAUUACUCAUUCUCAAAAUGUUUCCAAGGUUCAUACAAGUGGUCCAACAUUUAAAAAAUUUAGAAAGAUCGAUCCUGUUAAGCCUUUUCGGUCAUCCUCCAAAAGAACUAGCGUUAGCUGUCUCUGUUAAUCAGCAGCCAAAGCCAACUCCUAAACCCUUUUCCAUUCAUGACUUAAUAGGAGAUGGAUUCUUACUUGCAGUACCAAAGUUUAGAAGAACAGUUGAAAAGAGAUUGAAUCGGAAAUUUGGGUGGCCUGAAUAUGUUUGGAAGCCAUUUGUACCGAAAACUAAUUUAAAAACAUGCCAUGAGUGUGGUCACCACCACGAACAAGGCAGACUAUGUGGUAACUGCUACAAAAAGAUAGGUAAAGAGACGAAAGAGAUUCAAGGUGAAAUAUUAAAAAAAUUAGGCAAUGGACCCAUUGAACAAGAUGUUAUUGUUUUAUAUGAAGGAGAAACUUUACCAGACCAGCAAAAGGAAUUUUGGAAUGGUAAAAGAAUUGUUGAAAUGAAAAAAGAAAGGCCACAAUGGUUCAGUAAAAACCUAUUACAAAAAUCUACCCAACAACCCUCAAAAUCUACUGAUGUCAAACCCACAGAUUUGGCUUAAAACAGUCAUGAAUUUUACUGAUGUAUAAUAGAUAACAAAGUAUGUUGUAUUGUUUAAAAACAGUGAAUUAAACUAAUUUGAAACUACAA